UUUAUGGCCCCUACCCAUUGAUCUCAUCACAAAAUCCCAACCCCUGUUUUAACCUUUCUCAGAUUCCUACCUGGCUUGACUAUUGUUUCUUUCUUUUAGUCAUCUCUCUAUUUCUCUCUCUCUCUCGGUUUAGAUUUUUACUGAAUGCAUGGAACUUGUCUCACAGUACGGAUAAGAAAAUUUCACUGAUCAAGAAACAGAGACCCUCUUUCCAUUUUAAGUCUAAUAUUCUUGAAGUCUUCCCUUUGAGUCUCCUCUUCUUUGUGUACUCUCUGUUGGGUAUUGCUUAGGCAUGGGUUUUUAGUCCUACUUUCGUUAGACCUUAGCUUCAAGAUGAUGGCCAAGUCAUUUUUCUCGUUUAUUUUCAUAGGGGUAAUUCUCAAUGGUUUUGUUUCCUGCCAAAGGCCUAAAUUUGUCAAUAUAGGUGCAGUUUUUACUUUUGACUCGGUUAUUGGUAGAGCUGCAAGGCCAGCAAUAGAGGCUGCAGUAUCUGAUAUUAAUAAGGACACAAGAAUUCUGAAAGGGACAGAGCUGAGGCUGUUCAUGGAAGAUGCAAAGUGCAAUAUCUUCUUGGGUUCCAUUGGAGCUUUUCAGGUACUUGAGAAACAUGUGGUAGCCAUAAUUGGUCCACAGUCCUCUGGUAUAGCUCACAUGAUUUCUCAAAUUGCCAAUGGUCUCCAAGUGCCCCUUAUCUCAUAUGCUGCUACUGAUCCAACUCUAUCUGCUCUUCAAUUCCCCUUUUUUGUGCGAACCACACAAAGUGAUUCGUAUCAGAUGGCUGCCAUGGCAGAUUUAAUUGAUUUUUAUGGAUGGAAAGAGGUCAUUGGGAUCUAUGUGGAUGAUGAUUCUGGGAGGAAUGGGAUAGCUGCUUUGGAUGAUGAACUUGAAAAGAAAAUGGCAAAAAUGUAUAAGUUGCGGUUGUCUGUCAAUUUUGAUGAAACUGAGAUCAUGAAUUUACUUAAGCAAUCCAAACUGCUUGGUCCUCGUGUUUAUGUUGUGUUCGUUAAUCCAGACCCCAAAUUGAGAAUCUUUACUAUUGCCCAAAAACUGCAAAUGAUGGACGACAAUUAUGUUUGGCUUGCAACAGACUGGCUUUCAACUACAUUAGAUUCGAUUUCUCAUAUCAAUCAAACUUCAUUUAGUGCUCUUCAAGGGGUAGUUGGCCUUCGUCAACAUAUUCCAGAUUCCAGCCAGAAAAAAGCUUUUCUGUCUCGGUGGAAGUUAAUGCAGCAGAAUGGUUCAGCAAGUUCUGAGCUGAACACCUAUGGACUUCAGGCCUAUGAUACAGUUUGGGCAGUUGCCUAUGCAAUUGACUGGUUCCUAAAUGAAUUCAAAAAUAUUACAUUUUCUUCACCUGACAAGCUACAUGACAUCAAAACAUCUCAUUUACGUCUGGGGGAACUCAAAGUCUUUAGUAAUGGAAGCAGUCUACUAAACAAAAUAUUGCAGACGAACUUCACUGGUUUAAGUGGUCGCAUGCAAUUUAAUAAUGACAGGAACAUUGAGAAUGGUGGUUUUGAUGUCAUUAAUAUUGAGAAUAUGUCUAUUCAUACAGUUGGUUAUUGGGCUAAUAUCUCAGGUUUCUCACUUUUAGCCCCAGAGACUCGCCAAGGGGAUCAAACUAACUAUUCCCGUGUGGAUCAGAAGCUUCAAAAGAUUAUCUGGCCGGGUGGAACGCUUGAAAGACCACGUGGUUGGGUAAUUGCUGACAAUGAAAAACCACUGAGAAUUGGAGUGCCGCACAGAGUCAGUUUUGUGGAUUUUGUUACUGAAGUAAACAAGAGCCACAAAAUUGAAGGAUAUUGUAUUGAUGUGUUCCUUGAAGCAAGGAAACUAGUCCCAUAUGAUGUACCUUACAGGUUUGAGGCCUUUGGGGAUGGUCGGUCCAAUCCAAAUUAUAAUGAACUCAUACGGAUGGUGGAAGAAGAUGUAUUUGAUGCAGCUGUUGGAGACAUUGCAAUUAUAACAAACCGGACAAAAAUAGUGGAUUUUUCUCAGCCUUAUGCUUCUACCGGUCUUGUCAUUGUAGCUCCAGUCAGGAAUUCAAAAUCAAGUGCCUGGGUAUUUCUUAAACCAUUUACAGUGGAGAUGUGGUGUGUCAUAGCAGCAUCUUUUGUUAUGAUUGCAGUGGUUAUUUGGAUUCUUGAACAUCGAGUUAAUGAUGAAUUCAGAGGUCCUCCUAGAAGGCAGAUUAUAACAAUGUUCAUGUUCAGCUUCUCAACAUUAUUCAAGACAAACCAAGAAACUACCGUAAGUCCACUUGGACGCAUGGUGAUGGUAGUGUGGCUUUUCCUAUUGCUGGUGAUAACUGCAAGCUAUACAGCAAGUUUGACUUCAAUUCUUACUGUUCAGCAGCUUUCAUCGCCCAUUACUGAUAUUGACAGCUUGAUUGCAACUAAUUGGCCUAUUGGAUACCAAGAAGGGUCUUUCGUCUAUGGCUAUCUGUCUGAAAGUCUUUAUAUACCUCGUUCUAGACUUAUUUCUCUUGGGUCCCCGGGGGAAUAUGAAAAAGCAUUGAGACUAGGGCCAAAUGGUGGAGGGGUAGCUGCAAUAAUAGCUGAACUUCCAUAUGUAGAGAUUUUUCUUACACACCAAAGUGAAUUUGGGAUCAUUGGGCGACCAUUUACUAGGGGCGGAUGGGGAUUUGCUUUUCAAAGAGAAUCUCCGCUUGCUGUUGACAUCUCUACUGCAAUUCUAAAACUUUCUGAGACCGGUGAGCUUCAAAGGAUCCGCAACAGGUGGUUCUGUAAGCAGGGCUGUCCUGAAGAUAAGAGACAAAAUUCUGACCCUAACCAACUUCAUUUGACAAGUUUCUGGGGUCUUUAUCUUCUAUGUGGUAUCUUCGCCAUUGUGGCCCUCCUAGCUUUUCUACUAAGAGUGGUUCGCCAAUUUGUGCGCUAUAAACGGAGGCAAAUGCAACUGGCUUCUCCAUCCGUAAUUUCAUCAAACACUCGCUGCUCUCAAGUCAUUUUUCACUUUUUUGACUUCAUUGAUGAGAAAGAAGAAGCUAUCAAGAAAAUGUUCACCCAGCAUGAGAAUCCCACAUCCCACACAAGCUUGGAAAGAUAAGCCAACUCUUCCAAGGAAAUCAAAGUACCUGCUAAUAUGGAAAGCUGAAGGAUUUAGCAUUGAAUAAUUUCCAUCUGUCAUAUAUGAACCCAGCGUAAGCCGUAAGUAUAUAAACCCCUGCAAUGUAGGUAGAUACGUUGUCAAUAUUAAUUGUGUAAAAAGUAGUUUAAAACUAGUAUUCCCUCUGUGUCUAUAAUGGCAUAGCACUCUAUUAAUAUUUUGUUUAUUUA